CCGUUCUAACUCUAUACGUUAGCCCCUGGUGUCGUAAUUUCCUUUAUCUUCAAGUGUAUUAACUAAUGAGUCAGUCAAAAUAAUAGUGGUGCAAGAAGUGAGCUGCCAAAAAAUGUAUAUAAAAUAUUUAUUUGUGUCAAAAAUUUACAAAAAGUUAGCUAUAGGACAGCGCAACCUCAUCAAAAAACUAAUUUCGAGCGCGAAAACUUACAAAGAAGUUAAAGAUAUUGUGGGCUGUUCACCGACAAUGAUUUGUAACGCAUUAAAAUAUAAAUCCCAACCUAAAACGAGUGGACGGCGUCCCGCUCUGACUGUUAAAUCAAUUAAUCGUGUGGUUACGCAUUCAAAGAAUAAUCCUUUCACACCUGCUACGAAUCGAAAUAGUAAUUUUUGGUACAAGAGGAUCUCGCCAAUAUGCCAGACGGCUUACCAAUUCCGAGUACAAUCCAAAAUACAAAACCAAAACUAUUAAACGUGGAGGACCAAGUAUUAUGAUUUGGGCAUGUUUUUCAUUUUAUGGAUAAAGAAAACCGUGGAUCGUACUGGGUAUGCUCGAAAUAUGAAGGAAAUCAUGCUCGCGAAGAAAUGCCACGUUGCUUUAGGACUUCCAACAAGACCAGUUUCCUCUUAAGAUACAUAUUUAACAAUGACCCAAAGCAUACAAGCAAGUUGGUGCAGCAGUAGUUUCAAAGAAAUGGGGUUGAGGUUAUGAAAUGACCUGCACAGUCCCCAAACCUCAAUUCAAUACAGAAUUUGUGAUGCUAUAGAGGCAGUUGCUGAUGCUCAUCUAACAAACAAUAAUUACCUUUGAGAACCAGUAGGGCGGGCAUGGAAAUCGAGGGAUCGUGCCUUAGAUGUGAAAAUCUCGUUAAUUUGUAGCAUCAGCGAUGUGUUGUUGUAAUAU